UCCCUUCCCUCGUUUUCCACUCUUUCUCUCUCCCGCUUUUUUUUUAUUUUUUAUUUUUAUAAUUUUUCUCUCCUCUCCAUCCAAACUUCUCCAGAUCUCUCUCCUCUCCCUCUCCCUAUCCCUCUCCAAUUCCAUUUUCUUCUACUUUCAAAUUCUUUUCUCUUCUUCAAAUCCCCAAACCCUCGAUUUUGUUUUUUUUUUUUUCAUUUUUUUCUUCAAAAUCAUUGCGAUGUCGAACUCACAAGCACCAAACAACCAGUCAAUGAAGCAGCCGCAGCAGAAUAGUAUGCAGAGUCACGCACCGAAUCAAUGCCAGCAGCAUCAGCAGCUUUCGUUUUCUUCUAUGAAGCCACAUUUUCUGCCUCCUGGUGACUACCACCGGUUCGGUGUCGACCAUCGACGUCCCGUUUCUGAUCAUGAUGUUGAGGGCAUUGUUGUUAAACCUCCUACAUUAAAGCGGAAGAGUGAUGCAGCAGAUCAUCAAGGUGAGUCCAGUGAGUGGAAUGCUGGUCAUGGAUAUAUGGAAGUAGUGACCAGCCCCCUCCAGACACCUGUAUCAGGAAAAGGGGGAAAGACACCCAAAACAUCGAGACUCUCAAGGAGCGGUAAAUCUGCAUCUCAGAGUGCUGCUGGAGCUCUUGGUUCCCCAGGAAAUAAUGUUACUCCAACUGGUCCAAUUCGCUAUGACAGCUCUCUGGGUCUCUUGACUAAGAAAUUCAUCAAUUUGAUCAAACGUGCUGAAGACGGUAUCCUUGAUCUUAAUAAAGCUGCUGAUACGUUGGAGGUUCAAAAGAGGCGGAUAUAUGAUAUAACAAAUGUUCUAGAAGGAAUUGGUCUCAUAGAAAAGAAGCUCAAGAACAGAAUCCAGUGGAAGGGACAUGAUGUAUCAAGGCCAAGGGAGGGAGAUGGUAAUAAUGUUGCUACUUUGCAGGCAGAAGUUGAAAACCUGACCAUUGAGGAACGCAGAUUAGAUGAACAGACAAGAGAAAUGCAAGAAAGAUUGAGGGACCUCAGUGUAGAUGAAAAAAAUCAAAAGUGGCUUUUUGUCACCAAGGAAGACAUCAAGAUUUUACCUGGCUUCCAGAAUGAAACCUUGAUAGCAAUCAAAGCUCCACAUGGUACUACUCUAGAAGUUCCAGAUCCUGAUGAGGCAGUUGAUUAUCCCCAGAGGAGAUACAGGAUAGUCUUCAGGAGUACAAUGGGUCCAAUAGAUGUUUAUCUUGUCAGUCAAUUUGAAGAGAAAUUUGAAGAUAUUCAGGGUGCUGAACCACCUCCAAGCGACUCAUCAACCUUAGUUUUUAAUGAAAAUCCUGCUACUACAAUGGUCACAGAGGAGAGCAGAGCAAAGGAGUUUGAAAUGCAAGAACAAGAUGGUCAUAGAAUGUGCUCGGAACUUAACACCUCACAUGACUUUGUGAGUGGGAUCAUGAAGAUUGUCCCCUCAGAUGUUAAUAGUGAUGCAGAUUACUGGCUUUUAUCAGAUGCUGAUGUUAGCAUCACAGACAUGUGGCACAACGAACCUGUGGUGGAAUGGAAUGACUUGGAUACGCUUCAUAAUGACUAUGUCAUUCCAGAUUUCAGCACACCACAACCUCAAACUCCAUCUAAUCCAACAGAAGUGCCUCCUGCUGCUAACACUACUGCCGGGUGAAAGGGAAAUGUCGACGAAUCAACUGAAAGGCAAAUGUCUUGUUUAGUCAAGAACCUAUGACAUCCACCAUCUACCGUUAAUGUUGCCGUGCUUCUGAGGUUUGAUUGAAGGUUCCUGCAAGCUACCCUAUUGAGGUACCUCAAAAGAAACUAAAGAACGGUAGGGAGUUAGCUAGUUCAUUGUACAGCUUAAGUAAUGUACAUGAUACGUAUGAUCUAGUGGCAAAUAAAGAAGGCAACUGACUCCUGAUCGGUCCUUGUAUAUUUCUCCA